AUGUGUGCGAAGCUGAAAGGUCUAAAGGUGGAUAAGUUGCCUGGACCAGAUAAACUAUACCCCAGAAUUCUGAAAUUGGUGACUGGGGUGAUUGACAAUAUUGAUGCACCUUUCCUGGGUCAUUGCUACACAUCGUGGAAUUGCCAGGAAUUUCCUGGAAUCAGCAACAGUUCUGACGUCUCGAUGGAGAGUUGCUGCCGGGAAUUGUUGGGUCACAGCUGGAGGAACACCUCCUCGGGUUUCUGCUUCUCCUGUUCCCAAGCCAUUCUGACAGGUCAGCAGCCGGUCACCAUCGCCUCAUGCCGCGAUACGCCAGUGCAGGGCUGUGUGAGUCCACCUUGCACUGUUGGUCUACGGGUUGAUAAACUGGUUCAUUAUUGUCACACGUACAGAGAGGCUCUGUCCAUUCCGCUGCUCCUCAGGCCAGUUGCCCUGCUUGGUUCAUCCAAAGACCACCGGCUCUCUGCUUCCUGCCUCACCUGGGGCGGCUUUCAUUACCGAACCUUUGAUGGAAAUCACUUCCACUUUGAUGGGACCUGCACCUAUAACCUGGCCUCAUCGCUGGACGGAACAUGGGCCAUCUACCUCUCCACCAGCAGCUGUCCCAGACCGAGGAGGGAGUGUUCAAAGGUGCUGAGGGUUAUGUUUGGUUUGGACCUGAUCUUGACACAGAAUCGAACUGUGAUCGUCAACGAUGUUGUACUCAGUCCGGGGAGGCCCUACCUUCACAACGGGAUCAGCGUUCGCUGGCUGGGGGAUUUUAUUUUCCUGGAAAGCGGGCUCGGGGUGCGUUUGAAACUGGAUGGAGACCAACUGGUGGUGGUGACGGUGACUUUGGAACUGAGGGGAACGACUCAGGGACUAUGUGGAGUCUACAAUGACGUUGCAGAAGAUGAUUUCACCACUGUCUCGGGAUCCCUGACCUCCAUCGCUGCCACGUUCGGCAAUUCCUGGAGAGUCUCCCAGUCUGAGCCCGAGGUCUGCGAUGAAGCCUCGGAACCCAGUGGGGGUUGUGAUGCGCAGGACCCUAGUCUCCCUUCAUCUGCAAAGUCCACGUGUGGCCGCCUUCUCUCCCCACCAUUCACCCAGUGCCACGCACAGGUCAACCCGGACAAUUACAUGGAAACGUGUUUCUUCCCGUUCUGUGCUGGGGCUGCUACCCAGGAAGGGAUUCGCCGUGCAGUGUGUCAGACCUUUGCCAGUUACUCCCGGGAAUGUGGACAACAUCAGAUCUACCUCCAAUGGCGAUCCCCGGAAUUCUGUGAGAGGAGGUGCCCAGAUGGAAUGGUGUACUCGGACUGUGUGUCCUCCUGCCCAGCCAGCUGUGAGGGAGGAGGCAGCCCAGCCCUGGGCUCCUGUCGGGAGGAUUGUGUGAGUGGCUGUGAGUGUCCCCAAGGGCUGUUCCAGGAGGGUGAUCGUUGCGUUCCUGCUGACCACUGUCCAUGCUACCAUCGUGGCCAGAGGUAUUCGCCUGGACAGGCCAUUCCACACAGGUGUAACCACUGCGUGUGUCAGCUGGGACGCUGGGCAUGUACACAGGAGCGGUGUGCGGCGGAGUGCACUGUGCUGGGUGACCAUCACUACACAACCUUCGAUCGCCGGCGGUACACCAUCCAUGGGGCCUGUGAAUACACAUUGGUUGAGGACUACGUGGAGGGCAAGCUGCUGCUAAGCGGGGAGUACGUGAACUGUGGGAGAGCAUCAGGGGGGUGUCUGAGGGCCCUCACCGUCAUUGUCUACAAAACCGUGGUGAAGCUACGUCGGACAGGAGACAUCAGUGUGAAUGGUCAAGACACAAAGCUGCCCUUCUCCAACAGGGACCUGUCAGUAUUCCCGGUCUCCUCCUCCUUCCUCCUGCUUCAAUCCUCCGGUGUCGAGGUGUUGUGGGGUGUGGAGUUCACAGCUGCGUACAUCACUCUGCAGCCCUCCUAUGCUCACAGGGUCCGAGGACUGUGUGGGACUUAUAACUGGAACCAGAGGGAUGACUUCCUCACCCCGCUGGGUGACAUUGAGACCACAUCCUCUGCCUUCAUCCACAAGUUUGGAGCCCCCCUCGGCUGUCCUGAGGGCAACCCCCUCACGCUGGACCCCUGCAACACCUUCGCCCAGCGCCGAGAAUUCGCAGAGGAGACGUGUCAAUUUCUCUGGAGUGAGGUCUUCCAGCCCUGCCACGACCUUGUUGAGGUGGAGCCUUACUAUGACCUGUGUCUCUAUGACGUGUGUGGAUGUGCAGGCAACGUGGACUGCCGCUGUGCAAGUGUGGCAGCGUACGCGAGGGCCUGCGCACAGGAGGGUGUGCUCAUUCACUGGAGGUCCAGCAGCACUUGCUCCGUGGAGUGCUCGGGGGGCCGCGUGUACACGGAGUGUGGCCGCCCGUGUGGAGGUUCCUGCUGGCAGCGGAGGGAGGAGGUGGGCUGUGCCUCACUGGUGGGCUGUGUGCCUGGGUGUAGCUGCCCCGAUGGGCUGGUGCUGGACGACGAGGGUCAGUGUAUCCCCCCAUCCCUCUGCCCCUGCCUGCUUGAAGAUGCUGUGCACUCCCCUGGGACUGUGAUCAACAGAAGCUGCAACAGCUGCUUGUGUACCUCUGGAGUUUGGAACUGUACCGACCAGAUGUGUCUCGAGGCAGUUUCAUGCCCCAAUAAUCUCAUCCACACCUUCCACUCCUGCCUCAAGACCUGUGACUCGGUUGAUGCCAACAGAACAUGUAUGGACCCCUUCGAAGGCUGUGGAUGCCCAGGGGACCUCGUGUUGCUGGGUGACCGGUGUGUACCACCAUCACACUGCCCAUGUCGUCACAACGGCCGCCUGUACCAGAGCAACCAGACCAUCCACAAGGACUGCAACACCUGCGUGUGCCGGGUGCGGAGGUGGUGGUGCACCCGGGAGCCAUGUGCGGGGCUGUGCCUGGCAACGGGAGAUCCCCACUACCUCACCUUUGAUGGCCGCAUGUUCACCUUCCUGGGAGACUGUGAGUACGUGAUGGUCCAGGAGCAGAGUGGCCUCUUCACUGUCACAGCCGAGAACGUGCCCUGUGGGACCAGCCGCGUCACCUGCACCAAGUCCGUCACUGUGGUCAUUGGCACCACCGUGGUUCAUCUGCUGAGAGGGAAGGACGUGACGGUGAAUGGUGUUGCAGUGAAAGUUCCCAAAGACUACAGUGGCAGUGGCCUCUCUCUGCAUCAGGCCGGCUUCUUUGUGGCUGUGGUCUCACACCUGGGACUGGCGGUUCUCUGGGAUGGGGGAACACGUGUGUAUGUGCAACUGGAGCCUCGGUACCAGGGUCGCGUCAGUGGGCUGUGUGGUAACUUCGAUGGGGACACGGAGAACGACUUCAUGACGCGGCAGGGAAUUGUGGAAGCAACGGCGGUCCGCUUUGGGAAUUCAUGGCGAGUCAGCCAGACUUGUCCCGAGGUUCAGGGUGAAGAUGCCCACCAACCUUGCUCUGAGAACCCGCACCGUGUGAUGUGGGCGCGGAAGCGCUGCAGCAUCCUCAGCCAGUCCCUGUUCCAGCCCUGUCACCCCGAGGUGCCUCACCAGCCCUUCUAUCACUGGUGCGUCUUCGAUGCCUGCGGAUGUGACACAGGCGGGGACUGCGAGUGUCUGUGCACGGCCAUCGCCGCCUACGCUGAAGAGUGCAACAAGAGAGGAGUUUAUGUCCGCUGGCGGACACAGGAUCUCUGCCCCCUGCAGUGUGAGAAGGGGAAGGUUUACGAAGCCUGUGGUGCCCCGUGCCAGAAGAGCUGUGCUGACAGGGCUGGGGGGGCCGACACUCGCUGCCCCUCACUCUCGUGUGUUGAAGGAUGUUUCUGCCCCGAGGGAACUGUGUACUCGGGGAGCUGCAUUGAUCCCACCCGCUGCCCCUGUUACUGGGGUGAAGUUGCCUUUCCAGAGGGGACAGAGAUCUCCCAGGACUGCAGGAACUGUACAUGCCAAGCUGCAGACUGGGUGUGUGUGGGUGGCCCGUGUGAGGAGAUCUCUCUGUGUACAGACUCGGAGUUCCAGUGUGGUUCCAGCCGCUGCAUCCCCAGGUCCUGGUUCUGUGACAAUGAGGAUGAUUGUGGGGAUGGUUCUGAUGAGCUCUGUGUGUCCAGCUGUGAGCCCUGGCAAUUCCAGUGCACCAGUGGCCAGUGUGUCUCCCAGCGGGAGCGAUGUAACGGCUGGCCAGACUGCAGUGACUAUUCGGACGAGAGGGGUUGCCCUGUUCCUGACUGUGCGCAGGAAGAGUUCCGCUGUGACACAGGGCAGUGCAUUGCCGCCGAGCGGGUGUGUGACGGACAUGCGGACUGCGCUGAUCAGUCUGAUGAGUCAGAUCUGACCCAUGGAGAGCGCAGGCGUCUAUACACGUGUCCAGAUCUGACCAAUGGAGAGGGCAGGCGUCUAUACACGUGUCCAGAUCUGACCCAUGGAGAGCGCAGGCGUCUAUACACGUGUCCAGAUCUGACCAAUGGAGAGGGCAGGCGUCUAUACACGUGUCCAGAUCUGACCCAUGGAGAGCGCAGGCGUCCAUACACGUGUCCAGAUCUGACCCAUGGAGAGCGCAGGCGUCUAUACACUUCUCCAGAUCUGACCCAUGGAGAGCGCAGGCGUCCAUACACGUGUCCAGAUCUGACCCAUGGAGAGCGCAGGCGUCUAUACACGUGUCCAGAUCUGAACCAUGGAGAGCGCAGGCGUCCAUACACGUGUCCAGAUCUGACCCAUGGAGAGCGCAGCGUCUAUACACAUUGCUGGUCCCCGUGUGGAGUGGGACAGUUCCAAUGUGGGACAGGUCGCUGCAUCGACUACGCUCGGAAAUGCGACGGACACGAUGACUGUGCAGACUUCAGUGAUGAACGUGGGUGUGUGUGUGGAACAGGACAGCUGCAGUGUCCAGACGGGAGAUGCCUGCAGAAGGAGCAGCUGUGUGACGGGACUGAGGACUGCGAUCCGGGGCUGGAUGAGCUGAUGUGUCCUUCAACAGGGUGCCGCCAUUAUGAGUUCCAGUGUGAGAGUGGUGAGUGCACACCAUGGGGCUGGGUGUGUGACCAUGAGCUGGAUUGUGCUGAUGGAAGUGACGAGGAGCACUGCAACAGGACGUGUGGGUUGGGCGACUUCCAGUGUGCAGACAACACUCAAUGCAUCCAACACCAGCUACUGUGCGAUGGUGCCCCGCACUGCGCAGAUCGCUCGGACGAAGACAUAGACAUCUGUGGCUCGGGGAGAAUCCCGCCCUGUCCUGGCAGCUUCCCCUGCAGCAACAAUGUGUGCAUUGAGCAGAGCCGAGUAUGUAAUGGGGUCCCCGACUGUCCACUGGCAGAGGAUGAACUCAACUGUGAAUUGGUCGGCCCCACAGCAAUACCUCCCAGUGGGAACGAGACCUCACCCGGCUGCCCGGAGUAUCCCUGUUCAAACGGGAACUGCAUCACCUUCAUGCAGGUGUGUGAUGGAAUCAACAAUUGCAAUGAUGGAUCUGAAGACACGAGAGGUUUCCCUUCGGAUGAAGUGAAUUGUGGGAUGUGGUCACCAUGGGGAUCCUGGAGUGACUGUAGUCAAACGUGUGAAGCUGGAGUACAGUCUCGCCAGCGAGUAUGUACAAGUGUAUCAGAGGAUGUGCUGCGGCAGUGUCGAGGGCACAAGGUGCAGACACAACAAUGCUUCAGUCGUGCAUGCCCAGAGGAUGGCCAGUGGACGGAGUGGACAGAGUGGUCAAACUGUACCCGAGACUGUGAGGGGCUGAUCAUCCGAGAGAGGACCUGUUUGAGCCCGCGGAACGGAGGGAAGCCCUGUCUACAGCUGCCCGAGCCUCCUGUCACUCUGGACAUCACUCCCUGCCACUCAGACGACUGUCCCAGUGCCCACCAUUGUCCUGGGCACCUGGUCAGACGGGACUGCGCUACCUGCCCGCUGACGUGUGCACACGUGUCUACAGAGGACAGCUGUCCCCAAACUGCAAGCUGUUUCCCAGGUUGCUGGUGCCCAGAAGGACUGGUGCUGGAUGUAGAGCAGGGCUGUGUCCACCCUGCUGACUGUCCCUGUUACGUGGAUGGGGUCAAGUACUGGCCUGGUCAGACAGUCAAGGUUAACUGUGAGCUCUGUACCUGUAUGGAUGGCCGUCUGCAGCAGUGUCGCCUGAACCCAGUCUGCUCAGUGGACUGUGGCUGGUCGAAUUGGUCUCCCUGGGGAGAGUGCCUGGGACCCUGUGGAGUCCAGAGUGUCCAGUGGUCAUUCCGCAGCCCCAACAACCCCAAGCAGCGUGGACAGGGGAACCAGUGCCGUGGCAUUUACCGCAAAGCUCGCAGGUGUCAGACUGCAGCUUGCCAGGACUGCACCUCCCAGGGCAGGUCCUUUCUGAUGGGUGAGCGUUGGCGGGUCGGACAGUGUGAAGUUUGUCAGUGUUUGGAAGAGCAGCAAAUUGAUUGCUCCACGUACUGUCCCCACACUGCAGCUGGCUGUCCGCAGGGUCAGCAACUGAUUGAAGGAUCGGCAGAGACAUGCUGUUACUGUGCCAAGCCAGAGGAAACCACCUAUCCAUCCAAUACCCCUGGCUUCCCAGAGGUGGGCCCUGUUACCCCCACUGCACCAGGAGAGAUGGCUUCACCUCCAACCAGCACUGCUGGCUGCCGGAACGGGGAGUUCCGCUGUCACAACGGUCACUGUGUUCAGGCUGGAGUUUCAGGACGAGUAUGUGAUGGAGUCAAUGACUGUGGAGAUGCUUCGGAUGAGCUGUACUGUGGUGAGUCUCUCCCCUGCUCAGGAAAUGCUGAAGUGGAGUAUGGAGGAUCACAAAUGUGUUGUCUGUGUGUGAGUGUGUGUUGGGUGAGUGUGCAGCGAACUUGCGCUGGGCGAGUGCGCAGAGAGCGUGUGCUGGGCGAGUGCGCAGAGAGCGUGUGCUGGGCGAGUGCGCAGAGAGCGUGUGCUGGGCGAGUGCGCAGAGAGCGUGUGCUGGGCGAGUGUGCAGAGAGCGUGUGCUGGGCGAGUGUGCAGAGAGCGUGUGCUGGGCGAGUGCGCAGAGAGCGUGUGCUGGGCGAGUGUGCAGAGAGCGUGUGCUGGGCGAGUGUGCAGAGAGCGUGUGCUGGGCGAGUGUGCAGAGAGCGUGUGCUGGGCGAGUGUGCAGAGAGCGUGUGCUGGGCGAGUGUGCAGAGAGCGUGUGCUGGGCGAGUGUGCAGAGAGCGUGUGCUGGGCGAGUGCGCAGAGAGCGUGUGCUGGGCGAGUGUGCAGAGAGCGUGUGCUGGGCGAGUGUGCAGAGAGCGUGUGCUGGGCGAGUGUGCAGAGAGCGUGUGCUGGGCGAGUGUGCAGCAAACGUGCGCCAUCGAGUGCACUAUGAGCGUGCAUUGGGGUAUGAAAAUGGUCACUGCUCAAGAGACCAGCAGCAUUGACCGCCAGUCAGGCUCCCAGGAAACAUCGCCGAGGACUCCUGCGAGUGGUGCCCUACCCACUACAGUCACUGGGCACUGGGCUAUCAUUGGACCAUCUGCUGACGUCUCCUCGAAAACCACCCUCGUUCCUCCAAGCCAAGGUUCAGCUGUCACUGAGGCACAUCAGGAGCGCACGCCCCCCAGAACCAGGGUUGGAGAGCCAGCUGGCACCCCCUUCACACAGAUGGAGCCCAGGACUGAGGAGCGGAGAGAGAAUAGAUCGUCAGCACCCAUUUCCCGGCCUCAGCCCCCUGGUCCCUGUGACAAGCCGCUGGGCCUGGAGGAUGGCCGGAUCCGUUACCAGCAGCUAAGCGCCUCCUCAUCCCGGGAGAGUAACCCUCCCGAUGCUGGACGUCUCAACAUCGUCCCGAACAUACUGAAGCUGGAGCCCGGCUGGAGUCCAGAGGAUGGGGAUCCCAGUCCUUACUUCCAGGUGGAUUUCCUGGUGCCAACAUUCAUAUCCGGUGUGAUUACCCAGGGAGGGAGUCGAUCAGGAGGCUUUGUCUCCCACUACAGGCUCAUGUCCAGUUACGAUGGGAUCCACUUUGUAAAUUAUACUGGUACAACAGACUGGACAAUGCCUCCCCAGAUUCUUAGAGCAAAUUCUGACAGUAACACACCAGUGAGGCGGGACCUCAAGCAGCUGAUAUUCGCUCGUUACCUGAGGAUUAUUCCAGUCCGUCAAAUUAAUGGGAUCUUCCUGCGCAUUGAGAUUCUGGGCUGUCCCUGGACCCAGCUGUCAACCCAGGAGCACGUUCUGGGGCCGGGAGUUCCAGAAAGAUCUACGACCAGCACCACACGGGGCCCUAUGGACACGGGCUCGCAGAGUGCUUGGACUGGGUCCAGAGGAUGGCAGACUACCCCAUCACCAAGGCACUUUCCAGCUGGCCUCUGUCAGCAAGGAGAGUUCCAGUGUAGGAGCGGAGAAUGCGUCAAUGCCUCAACAGCUCUGUGCAAUCAGAUAGCUGAGUGUAGGGACUUUUCCGAUGAAAAGGGAUGUGGGACACUGCCUCCUCGGCCCAUUUCAUUCCCCACACCUGUAGGAUCCAGCACACAGGUGGGGUCCAGAUGGAGCCUGCCGUCUUCUGCACCGCAGGGUGAUGAUCUUCCACGUCCCAGCGUGAAAGCUACGAGCACAUCUGAGGUGACGCAAAGUCUGGAAUUCUGGGGAGAAUUGCCUCCAUUUCUCCGAGUUCUCUGUCUGAAUGGACAGUUCAAGUGCAGGUCAUUUGACUGCGUCGACUCAGACCAGGUCUGUGAUGGGUUUCCUGAUUGUCUUGAUGGCUCAGAUGAACAGCAUUGUGGUUUGUCUCCUGCCUCAGUGACACCACCAGCAAGGACUGCGGGUCCGAAGUUCUCCACCAUUCAUCCAAGUGCUUGCUCCACCAGACAGUUCACCUGUGGCAGCGGGGAGUGCCUUCCUCAGCACCAGGCAUGUGAUCUCCGGACCGACUGCCAGGACGGUUCUGAUGAAAAGGAUUGCGUGGACUGUGUGGUUUCGGUUUGGACGGCGUGGAGUGCGUGUAGUCAGAGCUGCAGCCUCGGAGUGAUGUUCCGGCAGAGAGAGGUGCUGCGGCCCGAACUCCCUGGUGGAAAGUGUAACCUCACACUGUGGGAUACCCGAGCUUGCUUCAAGCAGGCCUGCCCAGUGAAUGGCAGCUGGUCCAGCUGGACUGAAUGGUCAGCGUGCAAUGCCAAGUGCGGGGGUGGGGUGCGAUUCCGUCACCGUCAGUGCGUCAAUCCCCCACCGAAGAAUGGAGGCUUACCGUGUGUAGGCUCCUGGAUGGACACUGAGUCCUGUAACCGGCACCUGUGUCCUGGUGCAGUUGACUGUGGUCCUGAGAUGGUUUAUGUUUCUGCGGAUGAAUGUGAACAUCAGGGACUGGAAACGUGCCCUUUAACCUGUCAGGGCCAGAAUUCGUUCACAAACUGUACCUCCGUGUGCAGACCAGGUAACAUUUGCCAAUCACAGAUCAGAGCCCCUCCACUAAGUGUCUGUCAGCUGGGCCACCUGGUCUGUGAUGAUUCACUUUGUCCCACUGAUUGUGGCUGGUCAGCUUGGUCAUCGUGGACUCCGUGCUAUCCUCGGUGUGGUGUUGGAAUCCAGGAGCGAUACAGGUCUCCAACAAAUCCCACUGCCUCAGCCGAUGGUACCCCCUGUGUGGGGGACAGUGUGGAAGUAAAGAGCUGUCACACAGUGUGCCACCCAGAUACCGAGGUCUCUGUCCAAGGCUGGAGUGAGUGGUCUUUGUGGUCACCCUGCAGUCGGACCUGCUUCCGUGACGAGGAUGAGGUUUCCUUGAGGAAACGGUUCCGAUGGUGUCGGGGUCCUGAAGGGGCUGAGUCCAGCUGCUCAGGAGAGGGUGUGCAGGAGGAGCAGUGUGCUACACAGCCCUGUGCAGGGGGAUGGAAUUCCUGGAGUCACUGGUCCCAGUGCAGCUCCCUCUGUAAUUCUGGAGUCCAGACCAGAAACCGAAGCUGUAUGAAUCCGCUGGGAGUUGACGGAGGAGUCGAGUGUGCAGGACCUCACAUCCAAACACGAGAUUGUAACACUCAGCCCUGUGACAAGCUCUGCCCGGAAGGAAUGACGUAUCGUAGCGUGGAGGAGUGUAUACAGUCAGGGGGAGCAUGCCCACGUGCUUGUCAGGAUCUGGCAGCCACAGUGGAAUGUACCACACAGUGUUAUGACGGCUGUUACUGUGUGCAGGGCCUGAUGCUGCAGAAUGGCUCCUGUGUAGCACCGCAAGAAUGCAGCUGCUACCAUCAGGGCCAGUGGCUGGAACCAGGCACGAGUCUUCCCCAGGACCCCUGUAACAACUGUACCUGUCAGUCUGGAGAGAUGGUGUGUGGGAUCGAGCCCUGUGCAGUGGACUGUGUCUGGAGCCAGUGGACAGCCUGGAGUUCCUGCAGUAAGACCUGUGAUGUUGGAUUCAGACACCGGUACCGAUUGCCCACAGUCCCUAGUGCUGGAGGCAGAGAUUGUCAGGGCUCCCGGGUAGAGACCGACCACUGCAGUCUGCAGCUCUGUGAAGGAGGUGAGAUUUACCAGUCCGGAGCCAGUGUGGUGAGGGGAUGCAGCACCUGCUUUUGUCUAAGUGGCCAGAUUGGAAAUUGCUCGCAUCAGCUGUGUGAUGUGGAUGGUCACUGGUCGAACUGGUCUCCGUGGAGUGACUGCUCCACUUCUUGUGGAGGGGGAAGGCAGCAGCGAUUCCGAUUCUGUUCCAAUCCCCCUGCCUCUGGCAGUGGUCUGCCUUGCAAUGGCCCCGAACAAGAAGAUUCUCCCUGCAACAUGCAGCCCUGUGCUGAGUCUGGACAGUGGGGUGAUUGGGCUGCGUGGACAGACUGCUCACGGACCUGUGGAGAGGGUGUGCGGUCUCGCAGCCGACUAUGUGACAACCCUGCUCCACAGGGUGACGGAGAUUUCUGCGUGGGUCCAGGCACCGAGUCCGAGCUGUGCUCCAAAGUGCAAUGCCCAGUUACAGAUUGUUCAUCCAUCAUUGGUUCUGUGUACGACCCCUGUGGACCUGCUUGUCCUCGAACCUGCUCUGACCUCACGUUCUGUAUCUGGAGCUGUGAACCAGGUUGCUACUGUACAAAUGGCAAGGUGUUAAAUGAGAAUGGAACCACAUGUGUUGAUCGACAGGACUGUUCAUGUCUUGAUUUAGUGACAAGGAAAAGAUACUUACCAGGUAGAGUUGUACCUGGAAAUGAUGGAUGCAAUAACUGUUCCUGCGUGGAGGGGGAGCUGAUAUGCACCAGUCACCCCUGCGAUGUGGAUGGAGGGUGGUGCUCCUGGUCUCCAUGGACACCUUGUUCCAAAACGUGUGGUGUGGAGUCAACUUCGCGAUACCGUUCCUGUGCAUGUCCAGAGCCUCGGAACAAUGGAACAAUGUGCGAGGGAACGGAGCAAGUUCAUGGAAACAUCGGCCUGCAGAUUGCCGUGGAACGCUGCCCUUCCGUGUCCUUCUGUCCAGUGGAUGGUGCCUGGAGUCCAUGGUCAGCGUGGUCAGCGUGUGACGGAUGUGUGGGUGUGUCAAUCCGAACCAGGAGGUGUAACAGGCCACCCCCACGAUUUGGUGGCGUGCAGUGUCUCGGCGAGGCAGAGCAGAGCCGAAUGUGUCAUACCAAUUCCAGUCUGUGCACAGACUGUGCUGGGGACCAGGUCUUGCUCCCCUGUGGCCGGACAUGUCCUCGAUCCUGUGAUGACCUCUCUCCAGAUGUACUUUGCCUGGAUGACAGUGACCCCACCAGUUGCAGGCCUUCCUGUGGAUGUCCUGCUGGUCUGUUGCUGCAGAAUAACUCGUGUGUUCCUCAGAGGGAGUGUCGCUGUAAGUCACGAGACACGAGUGUGAACAGCGGGUGGAGCCUGUCCCCAGGGGCUGGCAACUGGAUAUACACAGCAGCCGGAGAGAGCAGAGACACUGAGUGCAGCAACUGUACAUGUGUGGAUGGGCAACUGGAUUGUUCCCCACACCCAAGCUGUCGUCUGGAUGGAGGUUGGAGUCCAUGGGGUCCCUGGAUGCUGUGCUCGGAGACCUGUGGAGGGGGUACUCAGCACCGUGUGCGAGAGUGCAACAGUCCAAGACCCCAGAAUGGUGGCACACUGUGCUCAGGAGGUGCCAGCCAGAGCAGGGAAUGUAACACUGAGCCCUGUGCAGGCUGGAGGCCAUGGUCAGCGUGGAGCUCGUGUUCCAGUUCCUGUGGAGCAGGGUUGGAGACUCGGUACCGAAGCUGUGGCUCAGAGCUCAGGGAUGUGUGCGUGGGCAGAGAUCGGGAGUCACGUGACUGUAAUGGCACCUGUGGGGCAGAUCAAUUGGGGUGGAGCAAAUGGUCGCCAUGGUCACAGUGUAGCGUGUCAUGUGGAGGUGGGGAGCAGAUCCGGUCUCGAUUCUGCAAUAAUCCUCCCUGUGAAGGAUUCCCAGUGCAAAGUAAAACAUGUCACACUCAGGUUUGUCUCGAGGUUGGUUGUCCAUCAGAUCGGUUGUACCGGGAGUGUGUGGGAGCCGAGGGUUGUCCCUACAGCUGUGCUCAUCUCAGUGGCCUGGUGGAUUGUUUCAGCGAUGGCUGUGAAGAGGGAUGCCACUGUCCUGUCAAUAUGUACCUGCACAAUGGAACCUGUGUCAAGGAGUGUGGCUGUGUAGUAACUGAGGACAUUCUGCAAUUAUUCCGGAAUCACUCCCUGAAUCCAUCGAUCAUUCCCACUUUCCUGACAGAGGAUGGGGCCAUUCUCCAGGAGGAGGUCGCUUCGGGAGUCACUUUGCAGCACGAGUGCAGCAACUGCAACUGCAGCCAUGGACGCCUGAAUUGCUCAUUUUCCUCCUGUGUCCUUGAUGGACAAUUUUCCACUUGGAGUCCUUGGACUUCCUGUUCCCGCAGUUGUGGGGGGAUUGGUCACAUGACCAGAUCACGCGACUGUUCAAAUCCAAAGCCAACCAAUGGGGGCAGAGACUGUGUUGGACCACGAAUUGAUGUCAAGUUUUGUCAGCCAGUGGAGUGUGAAGUGCCCAUACCAACAAAGGAACCUCCUGACAGUGGGCCAGAUUCCGAAGGAUUUUCUUUCUGGGCUUCAUGGACUCGUUGCUCCAGGAAUUGUUCUGACUCUGAGUUCCCCAGCAUGAAGAACCGCACCCGUUCCUGCCGUCGCCGGAACUGCACGGGGGAAACUUUCCAGGAACGCCCCUGCAAUCUGCCCCAGUGCACAAAUGAGACAGAAUGUUCUGGUGAGAAUUGUACCAGGAACUGCAGCUGGAACAUGUGGUCGGAAUGGAGCCAAUGUUCACGUAGCUGUGGUGUUGGCCAACAACAUCGUCUCCGGACUUACAAUGCUCCAAGGUUGGGUGGUCAGUGGUGCAAGGACAUCUUGACAGGAAAUCUGGAAGUACGUUUCUGUAACAUAAAGGCUUGUAGAGUGAAUGGAAGAUGGUCCAAAUGGAGUCCGUGGUCAAUAUGUGACCGGGCUUGUGGAGGAGGCAAGUCUCUCCGGAUACGAUCCUGUACUGAACCGCCCCCAAAGAAUGGAGGCAGGGCCUGCACUGGAGAGCGAUUUGAAGUGACGUUGUGUAAUGUCCAGCCCUGUGGUGCAAACACAGGUGCUGAUGGCUGCCCCACUGGCCUGCAGUAUGUUGACUGUGCCAACAGAUGCCCUCGAGCCUGUGUUGACUUCCAGAGUGGAAUAGUCUGCUCCAACAAUGGAAUGUGUGAAGCAGGCUGUCGAUGUCCAAAUGGUUCCCUGGAACAGGAUGGUGUUUGUGUGGCUCCCUGGCAGUGCCAGUGCACUGACUCGUUUGGAAAAACCUGGGCACCAGGGAGCAUGCAGCAGGUCGACUGCAACAACUGCACCUGUAGGGACGGACAGAUUACCUGCUCCAACAACAUCUGCCAGACCUCAGACUGUGCUUGGAGUCAAUGGUCAGCCUGGUCAUCCUGCAGCAUCACCUGUGGGAUUGGCACUCGAUCCCGCUUCAGGUCAUCAACAUCAGAAUCACUUGAACGCGAAUGUGACCAGGAUCAAGUACAAACCAAACAAUGUGACCAAGGCCAGUGCCCAGUAUUAUGUCUUCACGAUGAGCAGGAAAUGCAGUUUGGAGAGACUUGGUUUGUAGGUGAAUGCAAGCAGUGUCUGUGCACACCUGAAGGAAUCUAUUGCCAACCCCUGGAUUGUCGAGUGGAUGGAGGGUGGACGCCCUGGUCAUCAUGGUCUGACUGUUCAGUAACCUGUGGCUGGGGGUCGCAGACAAGCACAAGGGCUUGCAUCAACCCCCCACCUCGGAACGGGGGCUCAGAGUGUGAAGGUCUCAGUAUUCAAACUAAAAAUUGCAGCAGUGCGGACUGCCCAGGUGAUGGAAGCUGCCACUGGUCAGUGUGGAGUGCAUGUUCCCUCACCUGUGGGCCAGCCUAUAGAAGCAGGAGGUGCUCGGAAUCAGGAGAAGAUCGACAGGAACUGGAGCCCUGUUACAGCCAGCCGUGUCCAGUUGACUGUAAACUGGGCUUAUGGACUGAAUGGACAGUGUGUUCAUGUACUUCUCCUGUGCAACACCGAUAUCGCAUCGUCCACAAGCCCCUGUACGGGGGGAGAGCCUGCAGAGGGCGAGAGAGGAUGUCCCGAGUGUGUCACCAACUGGAGUGUGCAGACGCUGAGUGCGAAAGUCCAUUUGAGCACCGAAUGUGUGGGUCAGGUUGUGGUGGCCACUGCUCUGACCUGGGCCAGAAACAGGAAUGUGAUGUCACUGGGACGAAGUGUAUCGCAGGAUGUUACUGUCCAGAGGGUCUCUGGGAACAAGACAGCAAAUGUGUUGCACCCUCUGAGUGCGAGUGUAUUCACUUUCAGCAAUCAGACAGGAAUAAAGCCCCACUGCCCACACGUGUGAAACCUGGUGCUAGCUUUCGAAUUGGCUGCAAUACUUGUGUCUGCACAGACGGUUUGAUCCAAUGCACCAAUCACAGCUGCAAAGGUCAAGCUGAGCUUAGUGAGUGGUCACACUGGACCGGUUGCUUCUCCUGCAUCCCUCGGACAGUCCUGAAUGAAUCCUCAGUCACUGCUUUACACAAACACCAGCUCAACACUCGAAACCUCACCCUGCUCUCUGCUGUGGACCAGCACUUACUGAGUGAAGAACGGUACCGAGUAUGUGUGGCAUUGGAUUCGGGACAGCCUGUAACUGAGAACCUAUGCGGAGAGCAUCUGGUGGAAAAUCGGACAUGUGCAAACCUUACAAUCUGUAGUGACGAUUGUUCUUGGAGUUCCUGGGGCCAAUGGAGUGCAUGCCGUGAGCCUUGCAGUGGUGGGUUCCGCAUCAGGCAACGCAACCUCACUCGCCCAGAUGACACAGGGGACUGUCAAAAACCCAAGUUCCAAUCGGAAAGUUGCAAUACCGCCAUCUGCCCAGGAGAGCUCUGUGAAGACCGAGAAAAAGAGUUUGUGUCGUGUGCAAACCACUGUCCGAGGACGUGUACUGACCUGUGGGACCAUGUGCAGUGUCUACAAGGAAUGUGCAAACCAGGUUGUCGAUGCCCUAGAGGUCAGUUACUUCAGGAUUCCAGCUGUGUGUUGGUCUCAGAGUGUCGUUGUGGUCUACCCACCUCAUAUGGCACUAUGGAAUAUCAGCCUGGAGACAAGAUCGUUGUUCCCUGCGGCACCUGUGCCUGUGUGAAUGGGACAUUUGACUGCAGUGAUUCACACUGUGCAGAGCAAAGCUCCUGGUCCAUGUGGAGCCAAUGUUCGAGGAGUUGUGGAGGAGGUCAGCGGGUUCGCAGUCGCACAUGUGGAAGGUCAGGCACGUCCUGUAAGGGAGGAACUGUUCAGAUGGCAGAGUGCAACCAAAUACCUUGUCAAGGGUGUCCAGCGAACCAGGUCUUUAGCAGCUGUGCCAACACCUGUCCACUUACUUGCUCAGAUCUUCGACCUGAUGUGGAAUGUCAACAAGAGGACUGCAAACCUGGUUGCCUGUGCCCACAUGGACAACUCCUGCAGGAUGGAUUUUGCGUGUCUCUCGAAGAUUGUCAUUGUUCUGUACCGAGCUCACUAACGCCAUGGUUUGGUAACAUUUCACACAUCGAUUACCCACCAGGAGCAGUGAUCCAUCAUCGGUGCAGUGUGUGUGUAUGUCGGAAAGGAGUUUUCCAUUGCUCUGAUUCAGACUGUAAAGAGUGCCCUGAGGGUGAGAUUUGGAACGGAGGGCUCAUGGAUCCUCAUCCCUGUGAGCGGUCGUGCCGUGACGUUCAUUCAGUGAAUGUGACAAGUUGCAGUUCAGCUGGAGAAGACUGUGUGUGUGAAGCAGGGAGAUACAGAAACGCCUCGGGUUACUGCGUGACUGCAGCUUACUGCGAGUGCAUCGUUGGUGAUGUCAUUUACCCGCCCGGGUACGAAUGGGUAGAUGGCUGUGACCAGUGUCGAUGCAUCAAUGGAAGAAAAGUUUGUUCUACUGGGUGUCCAACACUUAACUGCCUGGAGGGAUAUGUGAAAGUAGAGGAUCUUGCGCAAUGCUGUCCUGUCUGCAGAAAAGAAAUUCCUGAUGACUCAUCCACGAAGUGUCAACAUUACACUGAAAUUCGGAAUAUAUCUAAAGGUUUGUGUCGGCUGGAGAACGUACUUGUCAGUUCCUGCAGUGGAAGCUGCCUGUCCCAAGUACAAGUUAUCCCAGAGGAGCCAUACCUGCAGAGUAAAUGUGAGUGCUGCAGUUACCGUCUUGACCCCGAGAACCCUGUGCAAUUCAUGAACUUGCAGUGUGAUAAUGGAGAGGUGGAGCCCAUUGUCCUUCCAGUUAUUCACAGUUGUGAGUGCAGUAGCUGCCAAGGUGAGGGAGUGCCAGAAAAUAUUGAAUCUACUUCAAGGUAAAAAAAAUGCUUGGCAAAGUUUUAGUACUCAUA